AUGAUUUCAAGAACUACUGAUGUCCUCUUUAUGAGUGAAAUGAAUGAAUGGAAAACUAAACACUCAAAUCUCUCUAUCCUUCCUCGACUUGGUUUACCCUUCGCCAAUUUUCACAGCAGAGAAGAUCCUGUUGACGAAUUCAUGGAUGUUGAUUCUCUUGUAGCCGGAAUUGCAGAUAAACUUACAGAAGAUAUAUUCCAGGACUUCAAAAUUGAAAAAUCACGUGAAGCCAAAAGAAUUGCUCAUACAGCUUGCCAGCCUCGCAAUUCUGCAAAUAUUUACAAUGCGACACAACUUAUUGACAGAAAGCUUGUCCAAAGACGCUUCAUCAGUCCAACAAAAUCUUCAAUCGCAAACGACGCAAUCUCUAAGAAAAUUCUACAGGCAAAUGCUUAUAAGCUUCGCCCAGCCCUUUCUAAGAGAACUGUCUAA